CUCUUCUUGCUUGUAUGCAGGGUUCAGCGGAGCCGCAAUUGCUCUCUGCCAUGACGCAGCCAGAAAAGAAACGAUGAAUCCGUAAGAAUUGGGCAGCGCAAUUGAAACAGCAGCGCCGGGCACGAUGAUCGCGGUGGUAGCGGAGCCGGGGAAUGAGUUUUCCAGAGUAGACAUGAUUGGACGAUGGCUAUACCAAUGUCAACGAACAAUUUAGAAAUGAAAAUUAGAAAAUGCAAGUUCCGAGUACAAUCUAAGCCAGAAUAAAUCUAGUAUGCUCUUGGUGAGUCGAACCGUUGAUAUCAAACUCAAGCUGAUGACGCAUUUUGAUACUCGUCGAAUGUCUGGCGAUUACCGAGCACGCUGGAUGGAAGCUUCCGCGAGUCAUGCAAAUAUGGCAAACAUGGCAAACAUGCUACUUUUGGCUUCUUCUGCGACAGAGCAUCAAUGGCGACAACAACAGCAGACACCCGCAGUUCCAGUAUCCCUGGAUAUAUAUUUCGCGUAUAAGCUGCGUGUCUGGCGACGUUGGUGACCUAUUGUGGUGCUCGGUUUUUAGCAACCACGGAGCCUGACUUUCAAUAACUUCAUUCCGAAGAUGGUGUCUCAACCUCCCCCCAAAGGGAGUAUGAUGUCGUUAUACGCCAACUUGCUUGAUCCGUCUUCGGAUAAUGGGUCAGCCCCCGGAACCAUCUCGCGAGCUCCCGUUGUAUUCAAGCAAGCCGGCCAAAAUGAUGCGCAACAAGACGAUGCAGCUUCAAAGAAGCAGCAGAUAAGUGCUGCUUCUCUACGGUUUCAACCUACGAAAAGGCCUCAGCUGGCUUCCCAGAAGGCUAAAGCUAAGCCCGGUAUACCCAAGGCCCCCGUUGUGGGCUCGGCGACGGGAACAUCUGCCGUGGCUGGAAUCGCCGCGAAACCCGCGGCAAAAACGUCACUUGCGGACUGGGCUACAACAGCCGAGGAUGAUGACGUGAACGGAUUUUAUGGUGGUGAAAAAAGACAGCGGGGUGGUCGUAAAAAGCGCAAGAAGAACCGUGAGGAGGAAACAAACCUGCAGAAUUGGGAUGAUAUAUACGACCCGUCGCGACCUAAUAGCUACGAAGCAUAUAGGCAUAGCGAGGAAAAGAUACGAGAAGUUCGAGAAUGGAAAGACCGUUUGUAUGCGCAUCGGAUGGCUAGAGGGACAAGUAGUGGGCUGGAUAGUGACGAGGAAUACUCGAGAUCACCACGAAAUCGGAAAUUUGCACCUCCAGGCCUCAACUUUGCGCCUCCUCCAAAUCUUAAUGAACCUCGACCAGAACAACAGCACUCGGAGGAUUUGUCAGAAGCCACGCCAGUGCCUCCGAUGGCAACGUUUCCUGAUGAUGCGACUGGGGAAGAUGCGUAUGCCCGACGACUCCGGAUGAGCCAGAAUGCGUACGCCGCGAUAGGUACUAGUUCUACAAAUAUACCUAUACCUCCUUCUCCUCCUCCACCAUCAUCGGAGUCGUUGCCUCCACAUCCGCCUCCGCCCAAUCAGAUUUUCGCAUCUGCCACCAUAUCGCGAGCGCCAGUCCGAUAUACAUUACCUCCAGCACCCGAAGAGAUUCCCGCGACGGAAGCAGAACUGGAGGCAACGUUCGCGAAGGAGGAAGAUAACAAACAAGAAACUGACGGAGAUGCGCCCCGAUCUCUUCGGCCCGGUCAGAAAGGCUUUGCAGAAAGGCUACUCACGAAGUACGGAUGGACGAAAGGCACCGGUUUGGGUGCAAGUAGGGAAGGCAUAGUGAAACCCUUGCAGGUCAAGAUAGAAAAGCAAAAGAAGAAACCGGAUUCCGAGGGUGGAGGAUUUGCUACUCCGGCCGGUAGAGCUAAGAUAAUCGGCGGAAACCAGAAAAAGUCAGAAGAUGGCAAGUUCGGACGGAUGAGUGAAGUAGUUGUGCUGCACGGCAUGGUAGACGGAAUGGAUUUGGACGUAGAGCUAGAGGGUGGUGAAGGCGGAGGUUUGAUGCAAGAGAUCGGAGACGAGUGCGCUGAGAAGUAUGGACGAGUAGAGCGGGUCUUCAUCGAUCGAAACAGCACAGGCAAAAUACCUGUAUUUGUCAAAUUUACGAGCCAGCUGUCUGCAUUACGAGCAGUUAAUGCACUUGAAGGGCGGAUUUUCAAUGGAAACACGAUCACUGCACGAUUCUUCGAUGUCGAUAAGUUUGAACAGGGCGUGUAUGAAUAAAUAACACACACAUGUAUCUAGAGUUACUUUUUGGUCUCUCCUAUGAAUUUCAUUUGACAGCUUUUGGUCCUCUCGCUAUACAACCCCGGACAUGGACCCAUCCUGCAGCUCCGAGCCAAUUCGCUCACCCACCCCGAGAAGGCCUCUUUACCCUUGCUGCCAAAGUUCGAACUCUCAGAGAUAAAAAAGGAAACCCCAUCUCAAUCUCCCCUCAUAGCCUACACACUUCAUGCUCUCGCCACCAUUCCCCCCACCGCCCCUAGUAAUUACCUCCGCCGCUCAACCGCUAGCUGCUUCGUCUUCUCCUUAUCAUAUCCCUUUUCCUCAGCCUCAACUUCAUCUUCCUUGAGAUUGCGACACAACGCGCACGCUCCAUACAUCGGAAUGUGCAGCACCUCGAUCUGCGUCGCGGCAUCGCAGGGUAAACCAUUACUUUGGAUUUGGCUGGGGCAGCAGAUUCGGCAGCUGUGUGGCCGCAGAGGGCGUGAUACCAAUGCACUCUGAGGACAACACGGUAGAUGGAGUGAGUCCGGAUGUUUUGGUUUCAACGGGUGGUUUUGUUCGGCUUUAGGAAAGGGUUUGACGAGCGAAGGUUUGGUGUAGGCAGAUUCCUUGGUUUAUAUUCUUGAUGGAUGUGGGAGAUAAUGAAUGACAAUAACCAAUUUGAUCGCUGUGCGGUUAUUCGUCCCCCUUAUACUUUGUGUGAGGAAGUGACUGGCCAUGCACCUGGCAAUAUGUCUCUGAGAGGAAAUCACUGCCCCCGCUUCCUCCUCCAUGUGAAAUAUAUAGCAUAUGCCACACAUUCUUUGUACCAACCACAUUACAUCCUACAUAUGUAUUUCAUUCAGUACGUCCCUGAUUCAGAAAUAUACUGACAUCGAACCCCUGGGUAGAGAGUCCCCAGGUAUAGAAACCCCCAAGUAUAGAGACUGUCCACGAUAUGGGUCACUAUUUCAUACAACCUCCAAUGAGGAGAUCUUGAUUGCUAAUAUUGAUGUGUGCUCAUUGUAACACACGUAUAAAAUACACAUUUGACCCAUUUGCCACUAUAUGCUGCCGUACCGAGCUUUGUCUGCCGACUGGUUGGAGCUUGGUGAUUUGGAGACGGAUUAUGAUUAUUAUUAUGAUUAAAAAUUAUUGACCUGUAGCUCGCUGUUCCCUAGUCACAGUAGCGCUGGCCGUUGAUCGGCGGCCUUUGAUGCGGGAGACAUCAAUGCGAGUAAUUAGGAAAAGUGAGUCUGUGAGGGGUUGUGCGCAGGGUUUGAGUGAGCAGUGGGCAGUGAGAGGUUGAUUUCAUGAUUUAUAUACCUUUGAAGAGGGUGCGCGUCAAGCAGGUAUACUACGGAGUAUCAUACAUGCCUUUAGAUACAUGUACAUGUACUCCGUACAAUGUAACUUACAUAACUACAUACUAAGUAUCCUGCAGACGGUCUCGCCUUAUUUAACUAGUUAGUGGAGUUACG